AUGAAAGGUCAAUUUCGUCAAGACCUCUUCGACGAAGUUGCUGCUCUUGUCAGUAGUAUAGGAGAGGAGUAUAUAACAAUCGAAGAAGGGGAUGAUGAAUUACAAGGCACCAUUUCGGUAGCCCUGGAUCCGAGCCCCAAACCAAUUCUCGUUUCCGCGGAGGAUGGCAAAGAUUAUCGCCAAUUCGAAACCAUGCAUUUGCCUCCGGUUGACUUUCAUUUCCGGCUACCAGUUGGCUACCCUUCCAAGAUGCCCAAGGUUGAUGUAGAAAGCAUAUGGAUGUCCACUUCUAUGAAGGAGAAUCUGCUAUGUCGCAUUGAUGACGUUCUCCAAGCAAACAUGGGUAUUCCGGUGUUGUUUUUGUGUUACGAUGCCAUAAAAAGAUUUGUCGCCGAAAUGGGAACGUUUGAAAUUCGCCUUAACUCCAAGGAUUUUUCACAAAAACAUAACUUAAGCGGCCUGGAGAUGUUGAAGUUGGUACGAGAAGAAAGCGAGAAGGCAGAAAUGGACGCGUUUUCAGCACUAUGUCACGAUUGUGAGGUUUCACCUCUCACUUGCCUUGCAGAUAAAUGUGAGUCAAGUGCUUCGCAAAAAGUCAUCAUUGAAUUGCUUGGUCAGAAAGAAUUCGAUCGUUAUGAGGGAAUCUUACUGAAGAAAGCUCUUGAGAGAAUGGAUGACGUGGUAACAUGUCCGAGAAUUUCUUGCCAGAAACCGUCUGCCAUUAGUGAGACGACCGAGUACUUGGCAACAUGUUUGGUUUGCGGUUAUAACUUCUGUACCGCUUGUUAUCAUGGCUAUCAUGGGGUCCAUCCAUGCUUUGGUACAUGGGGUUUGAGGGAAGUUUCGUUUGAAGAGUACCUUUUGGCUUCACAAGAGGACCGACUGAAAAUGGCUGAGUUCUACGGUGGUAUCGAAAAUUUAGAAGCGAAAAUGGAAAAAGCUUUCAAAAAGGUCGAUGCACGUACCUAUGCUUGGAUGCAAGGACACAGCAAGAGAUGCCCCCAAUGCAAUAUACCAAUACAGCAAGAGGAAGAAGUUGAAGCGCUUGUAGCUUUUUAUGGAGAGGAGUUGGUGAAGAUUGAUCGCAGUCGUGAAUUAUUAGAAGGAAGUGUAUCUAUUGAACUGGAGCCAAAGACGAACCCUAUCCUUUUAUACGUCGACUCUGAAGAAGGACGCCAAUCAUUCAAUACAAAACAGCUUUCACCGAUCGGUUUGGUGUUUCGUUUUCCUGUCGAUUAUCCAACUACACCCAUCGACCUGAGCUUGCAGAGCCUUUGGUCAACUGCAAACUUGGCUGAGGAAAUCCAUGAUCACCUGGAAGUUUUGGCAAAGAACACUUCGGAUCCUUGUUUCCUGCUGCGUUGCUGUGAUGCGGUGAAAAAUUUCAUUGAGAAAUGUGACUUGAAGGAAAUUUGCCUCGACGGAAAUCCCUACAGCACACAGAACGUGUGUUACGAUAAUAAAUCGGGACCUGAGUGUGUGAAGUUCAAUCCAUGUGGUCAUGUUUUCUGCAAAGAAUGCGUCAGAACGUAUUUUUUGGAUCAGCUCACGGCUAUGCGGGUUGCUCCGUUGUCUUGUCUUUCACCACGUUGUGAAUCUUAUCCAUCAGAAAUGCUUAUCGAAGAAUUGGUCGGUGAGGACCAUUUUGAACGUUACCAGAGGAUCAUCCUGUCAAACGUUCUUGCCCGUAUCGAUGACAUCGCUUUCUGUCCUCGUCCUCGAUGCCAAAGUCCUGCUCCUAGAAGAAGUUGUACCUCAUUGCUGGCUAUCUGUCCGGUCUGUGACUAUAGUUUCUGUAUAAAAUGCCAUCGCGCCUAUCAUGGAGUGAAUCCCUGCCGAGCGACCGUCGUUGCUGGCUCGCGAAUGGUUGAGGACGAAGAAGGCAAUUUGGUGUUCAAGGAAAUCACUGUCGAUGAGUACUUGGCUGCUACAGAUGAUCAACGCCAAGAGAUGGCCUGGUGGUAUGGAGGUGUUGACAAACUUGAGGAGGUCAUGGACAAGGCUUUGGGACUCAGCGAAAAACGAUCACAGAAAUUUCUUGAAAAGUACACCAGAACUUGUCCGACUUGUGGUGUCGCAAUCAUGGUAGAGGAAGGUUGUAAUGAAGUUUUUUGCCGUUGCGGUACAUCGUUCUGCUUCGGUUGUGGAGAGCUUCUGAUGGGAGAAGAAGGAGGUAGCGGGAUUCGAACAUGCAAGAGCUUCUUAAAAUGUCAACGUGUAGGGUCUGAAGCGCUGGAUGAGCAUACAGGAGCGUACGACUAUGUUCGUAUUUCCUGGCUUUUAAUUUUUGAACAGCUUUUCAAGCUGAUUAUUAUGAGUACACAUGGAGGUAAGAUUGAUAUGCUACGAAAUUUCCUCCUACUGUUUCUCCAUGUACUUAUUCUGGUCAAUGGUCGGUCUGCCCAAGAGGAGGCUGCCUGUUCGAAUUUUGGUCUUAACUGGUCGGCAGAAAUUCGCUGUCUACGUGCUGAGCUUUCGCAGUGCAAGCGUUUUGUGAAAGGUCGUGGUAUUCGAACGGCGGACCAUUAUGGAUAUUCGAAAAAUUACAUUGAAUUCUCAACUCCUCCACCUCCUCCGAUUGAUAACAAUUAUACUAUUACGUUAGAAGUAUCGGCACCAGGCCAACCAGGAUUGGAGAAAACUCUAGCGGACCUUACUAGACAGUUGAAUGAGAAACUAAAUCAGAUUCGAGAGCGAAUCGAGGAUGAUUAUAAACGGAAGUUCGACAGUUUUCAGAAGCGUCUCGAUUUGUUCACUGCGAGGGUCCAUAAACGUGGUCCGUAUGAAUACGCUUACAUGAAGUCAUAUCUUUCACAGCUUGGAAAUUCAUGGUACAAAGCUGAGGAUGAUUGUCUUGCUUGGGGUGGUCAUUUGACGUCGAUCUCGGAUAUGAAGGAAAACGAAUUUGUUCGAAGUCUUCUACAAGGUGGCAGUGCUUGGAUUGGUGUGAACGAUGUACAACGGGAAAAUAUAUUUGUGAAUACCGAUCGCACUCCAGUAGUAUUCAAAAACUUCAAAAGAGGACAACCGGACAACGGCGGUCACGAUGAAAAUUGUGUGGAAAUGCUGUCAAGCGGGGAGUGGACGGAUGUUUACUGCCUCGCAACCAAGCCAUUCGUAUGCAAGCGAUAG